AAAAAUGCAGAAAACCUCGAUCGCCAUUCGCGAAAUUCCCAUCUGCUCGGUCUGACGUAGAUAAAAAUAUUAUGUAUGAGUUCAUUAGACAGAAUUGUGCGGAAAAACCGACGCGAUUGGUUUUUUAUUGAUACAGCUUGGCUAUGUUGUAGUUUGUUGGAAGUACCUAUAUGUGGGUAAUAUGUUAGUAUAUGAGUUGUUGUAAUCAGGCACAAAUUGUUUUUUAUCGUAUUCGUCUCGUAAGCUAGUGUAUUUUUCAUAAAAAUUGCAGUAUUUCAAAAUGCAGCCCGGCUGCUAUGGAUAUUCGAUUUCCACAGCUAGUGUGUUCGUACUUUAUUCUACUUUGGUGAUAAACGUCGUAAUACUAACAUCACUGAGUUUCGAUGAUCAGGCAAAUGAAAACCUUCUAGGCAGUGAUUUCCAAACGAAGAAACGCAUCAUUCUACUACAAACGAUUCUAGCAGUAUUCGCAACCAUCAUGUAUUUCAACUCAUACACUUCCGCCGUAAUGAUCUUAUGGAAAUUUUGGGUUUUUGGAGCAAUCUUGAUGACAUUAUUUUUCGAUUUGAUGUCGGCUAUUACGACGGCACUUCAUCUAACCCUAGAAAAUGGAUUAGAUCACUUCUGGUCCAUGCAAGAAUCCACCAAGACAGCACCUAAUGCUCUGUAUGUUUUAGUGAUCUCAGUGAUUAUUUUCUAUUUUGUUUUCAAACUACACGUCGCCAUUGUAUUAUUCAAUUGCGGAGAUAAUGUCACUCAAGAUAUGUGGAAUAAUGCGUAUCUCGUAAGCGAUGAAGAUAUUGAACGUAAUAUUCCCAGUGAGCAGGUAACUGUCCUGCCUACACCUCCUCCUCAGUACGAUCAAUGUGUACUGGAAUGGGAAAAACCACCUCCGUAUUCAUCGUUGCUGAUUACUGGCAAGAGUUGAAAAUUUAGAAAGUUUCUCUCGGUGAUAUUAUUUUUAAAGAAAAAGUAUUUAUUUUUGAUGUGUCUUGAAAGGAAACUUUGUCAGGAAUCGUGCGGAUGGAUUUAACAAGUUUUCAAGAGGGAAAGUCGAAACAGACUUGGAGAUUUGUUCAUUCAAAAAUAUCUUCGAUUUCAAAUAUAAAAGUUUAAGGAGCUGUGAAGAGUUGAAAUCUAAAAAUUAUGAUUUUCGAGAUUAAAAGAUACCAAAAAAUCAGUCGACUAUACUUUGAACUUUAUUUUAGUCCCCAGUCCAACCUCCAAGAAGCUUUGAUUCAUCUGCUCCCCUUACUCGCACCAUAAUUUAGCCAUUUGGGUCAUAAGCCACGUUGCAAAUGAACUCAUGGGCUCUCCGGCUCCAAAGAACGCAAAUCUCAAUUCACAUACGAUUCCUGGCAGGAAUCCUUGAAAAUGUGGACUUAUUGUCUGAAAUGUUCCUUUCAUUAAUUUAUAAGUAAUAUUUUUGUGAUUUUUGUUUUGCAUUUAAGAAUUUUCCCUACUUUUUAUUUAUUUAUUUUUCUAUGUAGGUACAAUGUAUAAUCAUCAGUAUAAGUAGGUAGCUCAAUGAUAACUUAGUUAGUAGUUUGCUGAUACGUAGAACUCAAAAGUCUGAUCGCUAUUUUCGGCAAAAAAUACAGAAUCUGAGAAAAAAUUUCUACAGCAAAAUUUCCCCUUGGCGAAGAUAAAAUGUGUUUCUUUUUGUAGAAACCAAUUUUCUGAUUUUUUUACCCCAAAAUAUGACUUUUUUUCUACACUUGAG